AUGAACGACCUUUUGACGGAUUCCUUUGUGAUACCACGUGAUGAAGGUAAUAGAAAUGGUGAUAUUGAAAUGGGAAUGGAGAGACAAACAAAUUCGGAAGAUCUAGGCAUGGAUAAUUUCUUUAAACAGGUCCAGGAGAUUGAGAAACAAUAUGAAAAACUCAAUAUCCUGCUGAGAAAGCUCCAGGAUGCUCAUGAGGAAUCAAAGGCUGUGACGAAGGCUGCUAAUAUGAAAGCAAUCAGGAAACGGAUGGAGAAGGAUGUCGACGAAGUUGGAAAAAUUGCCCGUUCUAUUAAAUCAAAAAUUGAGGAACUCGACAAAGAGAAUUUAGCCAAUAGACAAAGGCCUGGGUGCGGAAAAGGAUCAGGCGUAGACAGAUCAAGAACAGCAACAACAGUGGCUCUGAAAAAGAAGUUCAAAGAUCGAAUGUCGGAUUUUCAGACUUUGAGAGAGAAUAUACACCAAGAGUAUCGUGAAGUUGUAGAGAGACGUGUAUUCACAGGUGACAGAGCUGUAUUUGAGAAACAGAUCACAAUUGAUAAAUUAAUAGAGACCGGUGAUAGCGAACAAAUAUUUCAAAAAGCUAUCAGAGAACAAGGCCGAGGCCAGGUAAUGGACACCCUGGCAGAAAUUCAAGAGCGACAUGACGCUGUUCGAGAUUUGGAGAAGAAGCUUCUAGAUUUGCAACAGAUAUUCCUUGACAUGGCUGUACUGGUGGAUGCGCAAGGAGACAUGCUCGAUAACAUCGAGUCACAGGUUUCGUCUGCCGUGGACCAUGUGCAGUCGGGCAACACAGCUCUUCAAAAGGCAAAAAGCCUGCAGAAGAACUCGAGAAAAUGGAUGUGCAUAGCAAUCAUCAUCCUUCUCAUUAUAGUGGCAAUUGUUGUGAUUGGUGUGCUCAAGCCAUGGCAGAACAAGAACGGGGCUUAG